CUCCGCGGCCCGGGCCAUGACGGGAUGGAGGGCGGCGGUGGGGCUGACGGGGCGCCCGGCGCGGGGCCCGAACCGGGACCGGAGUCGGAGUCAGAGCCGGGGCCGGAGUCGGAGCCACAGCCGCGCAUCGCGCUGCCGCCACUGGGACCGGGCGCACCCCUCGGUUACCUGCACGUCCUGUGGCAGCGGGAGGAGCCCGCGGGCAAGAUCCCGGCCCGCCGCCUGCGCAGGGCCGCCCGCCUGCACCGCCGGCUGGGGCCCACGGGCAAGGAGGCGCACGCUCUGAAAAGGCUGCGUGAAGCUGCCAAUAGCAAUGAUUUGGACACAGUGCAGCAACUCCUGGAGGAUGGAGCUGACCCCUGUGCUGCGGACGACAAAGGCCGGACAGCCCUGCACUUUGCCUCCUGCAAUGGCAACGAUCACAUUGUGCAACUGCUUCUGGACCAUGGGGCUGACCCAAACCAGAGAGAUGGGCUGGGCAAUACUCCCUUACACUUGGCUGCCUGCACGAACCACGUUCCUGUCAUCACGAUGCUGCUGCGCGGAGGGGCCAGAGUUGAUGCCUUGGAUCGAGCUGGCAGAACCCCACUGCACCUGGCUAAGUCAAAGCUGAAUAUCCUGCAGGAAGGAUUCUCCCACAGCCUGGAGGCUGUACGCCUUGAAGUGAAACAGAUUAUCCAGAUGUUGCGGGAAUACCUGGACCGUCUGGGGAGGCAUGAGCAAAAGGAACAGCUGGAUGACCUCUGCUCCAGGCUACAGAUGACUAGCACAAAGGAGCAGGUGGAUGAGGUUACAGACCUCCUGGCCAGCUUCACGUCACUCAGCCUGCAGAUGCAGAAGAUGGACAACAGGUAAUGGGCUGCCAAAUCAUCUUCCUGCAGCAGCAGGAAAAGCCUUAGAGAGAAAAGGAAGCUGAAGUUUGCUUCUCAGAUCACUGACUAAACAUAGCUGCCAGCAGCCAUUCCUGCCCAGACUGACUCUCCAGUGGUGCUCAGACUGUUCUGUCGGUGCUGCCACAGCUGCCCCACAGGAAGGCAGCAGGCUUUGCACAACAAAGGCAACAGACAAGAGCGCUGCAGCUGUGACUUCGGGGUAAAAGAGCUGCUCUGCUUUUUACCAGAGGGGCUGGCGAUGAAUAGGGUACCCUUUCCAGAGAUAUUUUGCCUUCUCCUAAGCACAUCAGCUCAAUGUAGGUGGUGACCAAUGCCAUGUGCAGUUACCAGCUCUUACUAGUGCACUCAGCAGCUGGCCAGCAUCACAGAAAAGCCUGGAACAUUCCUGCUUGGAAAAGGCAUCUUUUGCCCCCUCCAUACUGCUCAAUUGCAUGAGGGAGAAAGUGAAUGCCUUGAACAGCAGAAGGCUUUGUGCUGUGAGAAGAACACACAUUUAAUUCUGCAUGCUAGAAGCUGAGCAAACAUUCUGCCUUAAGAAACAUGCACUGAGGCUUAAUCCUCACCUUCCCCAGAGCCUGCUAUCGGAGAGCAGAGAAUGUAUCUGGUUGCAAAUGGGAUACAAAGUUUUUCAUGGCUAGACUAACACCUUUCACUGGACCCAUUUUUUAAGUCUGCUGCAAGUUAGUGCUAAAAUAUUACAGUGUAACACUUCCAAAAAGUACCCAGCAAGCCGGUCAGAGCUGCCCUGUUGGCGAGAAUAAGGACAGGAGAGUGACAAUCUUAACGCAGUUCUAGUCAGACACCUACGUCUUGCAAAAAAGCCCCACCAUAACUAACAUUUCCUGCUACUGGCAGUCUCAGGCAAGAGGUCCAGUUGUGCCAGGAGGAUGGAGGUGGAUUUACCUCUGCCUCAGCAGCACCAAACCCAUUGCUCAGCCAUUCUGCAUCUCUUGCUUGUCUUGGAGAACCUUAAGUGCAGUGUGAGAAACAAAUUAUGGUUUAUGCUGGGAGCCUGAAGUGAUGCAGCUAUGAAGGAUGCAGGGAAAUGCUCCUUCUGCUCUCUCGCUUCUGCCCACUGUGGUUAGCAAUGAAGAUUUAGGUUGCUUUGUUGUGGAGCAGACAUUCAGGAAAUCUCAUUGAUCGGGCACCAACAGCAACAGGGUGAUAGGAACAUGUGAGUAGUGAUGUGAAUUCCCACCUGUGUACCACACCAUGGUGUGCUGGCAGCCACACCUAUCUCACAGCUUGGGAGUCACUGGUUUGAAAGAGGUUAUUAUUAAGAUUCACCUUAAAUACGCAACAACCACAGUUUGGAGAGUUCUUCAGAGAUCCUUAGGUCAGCAUGCUCUCUGAUACCUGCCUCUUGUCCAGGAAGAGGCUGAGUGGACUUCUGUUCAAAGCUGAGAUACCAGAAAUAGGCAUGUCUUUUAGAUGGGUUCAUCUGUGGGCUGCUGGAGAACACAGCUGCGAGCAGCAGUCCCAUGGCUGGGCUGGAGCUGUCACUGUGCAUAUUCAUUACAAUGUGCUGGAUGAGAAGGAUGACGAGAGGGUGGGAGACAAUCUGACCUUUUUGUAUUUUCAACUUCAAUAAAAUCCUGUCAUCCUUUUGUGA